AUGUCACAAAGCUUUAUGAAGUUGAAGACAGAGCGCCUGGUCUGUCAACUUUCGGUCCAAGAGGAGGGAGGGUCUGUUUCUUCUCCGCCGGGCAUUGAUUGGGCUGCAUACUCAGAUUCAGCGCUUCUUCAAAGCAUCAAAACAAUUGUGGACGAGUUGCAGUCCAGAGCUGCAGCAAGGGCAGCAGGGGUGGGGCAGUCGUGGGACGCCAUCGUUGAUAUCCCUGCGGCCAAGCCUGCAACUACGCCUAGCCUGGAGGACAAGCCUAGCUCCACAGAUGAGAAGAAGGUGGCAGAGCGAGUACAGGAGUCUUUGGUUGGUGAGUUUUUGGAUCGGUCUCCUGAUGGAGUGGAUCAGUUGGAAGGACAUCAACAGGCAAGUGCCGUGGAACUUUUGUUUGGACCCCAUUCUGACGAUGCAUUUGCAGGUGGGGCCCAUCAAUCCUUUUUUGAACCCGCAGCUGAGAGUGGCAAUGCAGGCAGUGGUGUCACUUUUGUGGAGGCUGGUACAGAUUCUGCCGAACAGUCUGGUUCCUUCUCACACGUGGGCAAGACUGCACCGGACACCAUUAUUUCUGAAGCAAUCAGGCUGACAGAUAAAAAGCUUGUUCUGUAUCCUUGGGAGAAAGGACGCAUGGCUCGGAUUUUUGGUGACAAGGGCAGGCUCGAAACAAAGAUGCCGCGGCUACACGCCAGUAGCAACAGUUUUGUCAGGGUGAAUGUAGAAGUUGAUGAGGGCCUGCGUUGCGCUGCGUCCAUUGGUGUGAGACCAACACGCACUGAUGAUGCCUUGUACGUCGGUGUGGUCAAGCAGGUUAUUGGAGGAUCCUACAUAGAAGAACGUGACGCCAAACGGGAGCUUGCUGUCAGGUAUUGGUGGGACCUUCUUAGACUGGACAUGCAGUGUAGCGAUCCCGGCAGGAUUGCAUUGCAAGAAAAGGGCCUAGCAGACAUCUACAAAAAUGGCAUUGAGAUCUUGGAUGCAUCGUUGGGCGUGAAAAGUCCCAACACAGUCAUGAAAAGGCUGUAUGCAGUCAAAACGUAUAACACCUGGGUGAUGCGCCAUUUUGGCAAGUCAUGGUUGCCAGUUGAUGAGAGGUUGGUAUGGGACUAUUUCAAAAGUCUGAGGGCUGAGAAAGCUCCAGCCACACGAGCCACAUCGUUUUUGGAAGCUCUGAGGUUUUGCUUCUUCGUCUUCCGUGUGGAUGGCUCUGAGGAAGCUCUUGGUAGUCUUCGAAUCCGAGGACUCGCGGCACAACUUUUCUCUUGCAAGAGACCUUGGAAGCCAGCCGACCCUCUGUCGGUAGCUGACGUGCAUUUCCUGCACGAGGCAAUGAUGGACAAGCGACGCUGCAUGGUGGAUCGUGUUUUUAUUGGACACCUGCUACAUAUGGUAUAUGCGAGGGCUCGCUUUUCUGACCUGUUGGCCUCGGUUAACUGCAUGUUAGACGACGAGAAUAUGUUCCUCGAGCUGGAUGCUGCAGUGCACAAGGGUUCAAGAACCGCGACCACCAAAGCAAUGCUACUCCCAGUGGUAGCGCCUGCCAAUGGAAUCAAUGAUGAUUGUUGGGCUGCUGAAUAUCUUGCUUUACGAAAGAAAGCGGGGCUGGCUUUGCCUGGGAAAGAACCAAAACCCAUGCUGCCAGCACCAGAGAAAGGCGGCACAGGUUGGCAAGAGAGGUAUUUGACCUCGCAGGAGAUGAACUCCUUCAUGAAGAAGCUCUUCACGGAUGGUGGUAUCCCGUUGGAGGGCAGGAGGAUCUCAACACACUCAUGCAAGGCGACUUGCAUCUCUUGGUGUGCCAAGCAUGAUGUCUCUCCUGAACACCGUGCGGUGCUUGCGCGACAUAGCACUGCUGCUCAAGGUCCAACUGCACUGUACUCCAGGGAUUUGGUAACUGCAGCGCUUCGAAGCCUGGUCAAGGUCUUGGAAGCGAUUAGACAGCAGACCUUUUUUCCGGACAGGUCUCGUUCAGGAAUGAUCACGCCAGUUCCUGUGCCGAGUGCUCCUGGGCCCACAAUGCCGAUGCCAGCGACUCCAAUGCCGCCUUUGCAAGCUGAGCGCCAAGGUGAUGUAGCUGGUGAGCAGCAAACAGAUGGGAACAGCAUGGUUCCCUCACCUGAAAGCCCGCUGCCGGAAACACCCAAGUCAUGGCAAAAGGUUGACUGGCCCGUUGAUGAGGUGGUCGAAGUUGAGUCGCAGGUGCCUGAUCCACCCGACUUGCUGAGGGACUGGGACUGCAGCUCAAGCGAUUCUUGCAGUGGCUCCGAGAGCGACAGCGAUGUGGAGGUGAGUUGGGAGCAGGCUGAUGAGCCUGACAAAGCCUCCCGAUCUUCUGUGCCAUCCACGUUGAGGUGGUAUAUCAACGGCAGCACCUUGGUGAUUCAUGAACGACGGAAUGAAACGUUGUUCAAGUGUGGAAGGGUCAUUGGACCGCCUUACUUCCCGGUGCACCAGCUGACUGGGCUGCGAUGCGGAAAGUGUUUUCCAAACGCUAUCUGA